AUGGAUGACUUGCUGAUACUUGAAGAGCAUAGAUCAGCUAGGACGAGGGCGCAUGCGACGUUCUACGGCGGCGCUGAUGCCUCCGGCACGAUGGGAGGCGCGUGCGGGUACGGCAACCUCUACUCGACGGGGUACGGGACGCACACGGCGGCGCUGAGCACGGUGAUGUUCAACGACGGCGCGGCAUGUGGGCAGUGCUACAAGGUCGCGUGUGACCGCGAACUGGCAGACCCGCAGUGGUGUAAGCCUGGUGUGACGGUGACCAUAACGGCCACAAACCUCUGUCCACCCAACCACGCCCUUCCAAGCGACAACGGCGGCUGGUGCAACCAGCCACGACCGCACUUCGACAUGGCACAACCAGCUUGGGAGAAGAUCGGCGUUUACAAGGGUGGCAUCAUCCCUGUUGAAGGAAAACCUAACCAUUUUAGGGUUCCAUGCGAGAAACGGGGCGGAGUGCGGUUCAAGAUCAACGGACACAACUACUUCAAUCUUGUGCCCGUGUUCAAUGUUGCAACCUCCGGCUCAAUCAAGUCGAUGGACGUCAAGACCUCAGAUUCAAACGAUUGGGCACCAAUGGCCCGCAACUGGGGCGCAAACUGGCAGUCACUAGCAAACCUCACGGGGAAGAUGCUUUCAUUCAGAUUGACAGAUACCGAGGGGCAGACCCUUGUGUUACAUAACAUCGUGUUGAGUGGAUGGAAGUUCGGUCAAACAUUUACGAGCAGUUUGCAGUUCAAGUGAGCACACUCUGGAGAUCAUCGGCAUUUCAUUCUAGUGCACUGAUGAAUUGCAUUUUGUGCCCCACUCUGUAUAUAGGCUUGUACUACUGAAAUGGCGAAUGUACGUAUGUGUGUUCAUGAUUAUGACUAACAGGAAUACAUUCUCUAUUCAACAAAAUGAUUAGGUAGUUGCACAGUUGUAAAGUUGUGUGCAAGUGGCGUGAUUAAGAACUAUUUCUAAAUCCAUAAUCAAUAUGAGUAAGUCUAAAAAAAUACGUUUUGACAAAAGAAGUCCAAAAUAAACAAGGCAUGGGAUCCAAGGAAACAAAAAACCUUUCAAUACCACAAUGAAGGUUGCUCGGACUCAAUUCAAUGGUUGUUGGAGUGUCAAGCGCGUCCACUACAAAUGUAAGGGCAUCUCCAACAGCAACCCACAAAUCAGACUCACUAUCCAUCCGUGGACACAAACACACAUUCCAAUAUGCCAUUCCAUCUGUCCGCCUCUGUUUUCUUUAAAGUCCACAACACUCAAAACAACUAUAGAUAAAUAGCAUAUAUUUCUAGUAGUGAAAAAAAAUGCAACACUAAGAACCCUUCCCUGUGGGGAAUCCAGUAAACUAAAAUUCACCCUAAGAAUCCAUUCGAUGUUGAAGAAGUUUACCAAACAUUGUCUUUUUGUUAACCAACACUCGACACAUAUAUGUUGAGAAAACACUGCACUCCAGAGUCAUCACUCAGAUCAAUGUUUUCCUAAUACUAACAUCUAAAUAUUUUGUCCACAACCAAAAUAUUUUAUUGAUGACAACAUAAUUUGACAAAUAGCAUCAACAUACCAUAAAAUUCUGGGAGUAGCAUGUAAACAUCAGCUCUGCCAACAAUAAGAGACACAAAUACAAGAACUAAUUUAAAAGAUGACAAAGGGGAAUUAUAUUAUACAUAGCCUACCAAGGGCUCACAUGUAAAGAUGAGCUAGUUUCAGUAGUUACUAAAAUUACUGACCAAGCACACCACUUACUAUUCUCACCAUCUAAUGUGCAUAUGCACUCUCAGUUGCAUCCAAACAAUACAUGACAAGCAUGUUGCACUGGUUACCAGAUUGGUCAUGCGAAUUACACCACCAACAACACUAGCUUAUGACUUGAACAUGCUUCUGUGAAGAAGGGCAGUUAUAUAGAAGCUUACUCCAAAACAUGCUUAUUAAAAUACUCCGAUAGAGCAACAUCAUACUUCACCAGAUUUGGAGUAUUUUGCUGUGCAUGUGUGGAAAACCACAAAGUGCUGGGAGCCCCAGCAAUACAUUUAAGUUGCACAGUGUAACAUAGGUGAAAUGUAAAACACCAAAAUGGCUGUCAAGCAAAACCAAAUAGUGCACAAAAAUUGAGGAGUAACCAGAAUCUGGCAGAACAUCAAGCAAUAGCAAUACAAACAAUAUUUUUUUACAUUAACCAAAGAAGGAAAGGCAUUGCGUGGCAUACAGAACCCGUAAGAAUUUGUGGUCAUUCAUAGAAAUUUAAAUAAGGUCGAACAAGAAUCUUGUGGAGCAUCAAUCAAUAGUAAUGUCUACAUGCAAAAUCAUAUGAUAAGGCGGAACCAGAAUCUUUCGGAGCAUCAAUCAAUAGUAAUGCCUACAUGCAAAAUGAUCAUGGAUUAGAUGACUGAAGAACCAACCGAGAUAUGCUAUCUCCUGAAAGCAGCAAAAUGAUUGCAAACUGUAAAGAACAAGUACAGCUAGGAGAAUGGAAAGAACCAAUGACCAAACAACAUGCUCAACCUGCAUUUACGAGGAACCAGAACCUUGAGGAAUAUCAAACGAUAGCAAUACAAACAAUACUUCUGCAUUAAACAGAAAAGGAAAGCAUUAUCUGGCAUACAUAACCAAUAAUAAUUGAUGGUUAUUCUAAUCUCCUGAUACCUACUGACCUCCGUCUAACUAGAUCUGCAUUUGAGUGACCUCAGAUUCACCUUUGCACAAUUAUACGACCCUUCCCCCGGUGUCUCCAUCACCAGAUCAAUCUGUUCUUACCUUGGUGAAACUGCCCUGGUUAUCACUCAUACGAAAUGACCAUCCAAGGACAGGGCCACUAAAAUAAGCACAUGAUCAAAAUACCCACAAGCGCCUUGAUUGCUUGGGAAGUUGAGAGCAUGCUUAUAUCAGCCAUGGUCAAUCAUCAUACCCCGACUCAGGAUUUUGUUUCUUCAUUAUAGACCUGGUUGCUAUAACUAGCUAUGAGCCACUCUAGCAGACUCGCCAAAAUGGAAAGUCCAUUCAGUUCAGCAACCACAAACCGAGCUUAAUCAUAAAGCCAUGCACCAUUCGCAAACCAGGGUUAAUCUUUAUUGGUUGGUCACUACAUUUGCUAUAUCCACUCGUCACAAAUUAAUUGGUUUCUCAUAAAUGAUGAUGCACUAAUCACUCUACAACAACAACAACAACAACAAAGCCUUUAGUUCCAAACAAGUUGGGGUAGGCUGGAGGUGAACCUGCAGGUUCAGAAAAUUGGCAAAUAUCAAGCUUUGUGCCACAAAGCAUAUCUUUUAUCCUAUGUCAACAAGGUUUAUCCCCUUGGUUCUCCAAAUUACUCAAGAAAGGAAACGAUAACAGUGUUUCCAUGGCUCGGCAUCUGACGAUUCUUCAGCUGAACCGGUGCUCAGACCCGGUGCUUCCAACUCCGACAGCAUUGCUAAGGGCAUGUGCAUUAAUAACAAGACUACUAUUCAGAGAAAGCAAUGCCAGACGAGCUUCAACAGCAGGUAAAUAUGAUAAUCAGGUUCCGUUGCUAAAGCUCUCUGGCAUUGCUUUCUCUUGAUUAAUAGCCACAUCAAUAAUCACAUGCCCUUAGUAAUGUGUUGGAAACUACUAGUCUGAGGACAGAUUCAGCUGAUUGAUUUCUAAUAAAUAAUGAUGCGGCAAUUUAUCUACAUAUACUAAUAUUUCUUACUGAUGUGGUGGUGAUCACUACCUGUUUUGGUCGGUUGUGGAAUUUUGCUUUUUUAAGCUGGAGAUCACCACUGUCACCACCAGUGGCGGUGCGUUACCAGAAAAUAUACAAAUAUUGGAACCUCGUUAGCAUCAACAUCUUUGUCACUUCCUCAAUCACCGUCCUCUUGGUUCACAAGAUUAUAUAAACGAGAGAGAAGAGGCUCUCGAAGUUCUUGUAACCCAGCUCAAGUGCAUGUACAUGUAAGAAUUCAUAGAUCGUGGGGUAUCAAUUAGAGCUGGAUUUAAAUUCCUUCAUGAGCCCCCAGCAUAAAGAGUGGGUUCUGUUUCUUCUCUUCUGAUCAAAUUCGCCAAUCACCAUGCAGCCAAGUAUAUGGCUGAUGCAUAAUUUGUUGCUUCAGGGACCUGAAAAAUAUGAUUUGUAUGGAGUUGUACAACACUAAGGUGAAUCUUUAUUGGCUGGUCAACUAUGUUUGUUAUAUGCAUUCGUUACAAACUGAUUGAUUUCUAAUAAAUAAUGAUGCGGCAAUUUAUCUACAUAUACUAAUAUUUCUUACAUCUUUCGCUUAGUUUCAUGAAUCUAAACUUUUACGCUGCAGUUUGAGAAAAAUUGGCAAAUAUUAAACAAUAGCAAUACAAACAAUACUUUUGCAUUAAACAGAAAAGGAAAGCAUUGUUUAUCCAUAAGAAUUUGUGGUCAUCCAUAGAAAUUUAAAUAAGGUGGGAAGCAGAAUCUUGUGGAACAUCAAUCAAUAGUAAUGUCUACACGCAAAAUCAUAUGAUAUAUGAUGAACCAACCAAGAUUAUGCUAUCCCCUGAGAGCAGCAAAAUGAUCAUGGAUUAGAUGACUGAAGAACCAACCGAGAAUAUGCUAUCUCCUGAAAGCAGCAAAAUGAUUGCAAACCGUAAAGAAGUACAACUAGGAGAACGGAAAGAACAAAUGACCAAACAACAUGCCCAACCUGCAUUUAGGAGGAACCAGAACCUUGUGGAAGAUCAAACAAUAGCAAUACAAACAAUACUUUUGCAUUAAACAGAAAAGGAAAGCAUUGUUUAUACAGAACCGAUAAUAAUUGAUGGUCAUCUAUAGCGUGCAAAAUUAUCUGGACCAAUGAGGAUAUUGGUUAUUCUAAUCUCCUGAUACCUACUGACCUCCAUCUAACAAGAUCUGCAUUUGAGUGGCCUCGGAUUUGCCUUUGCAUGAUUAUACGAUCCUUCCCCCGGUGUCUCCAUCACCAGAUCAAUCUGUUCUUACCUUGGUGAAACUGCCCUGGUUAUCACUCGUAAGAAAUGACCAUCCAAGGACAGGGCCACUAAAAUAAGCACAUGAUCAAAAUACCCACAAGUGUCUCGAUUGCUUGAGAAUUUGAGAGAAUGCUUAUAUCAGCGAUGGUCAAUCAUCAUAGCCCCGACUCAGGAUUUUGUUUAUUUUGUUUCUUGAUUAUAGAGAAGGUUUGCUAUAACCAAGCUAAGAGCAACUCUAGCAGACUCACCAAAAUGAGAAGUCCAUUCAGUUCAGCAACCAUAAACUGAGCUUAAUCAUAAAGUCAUGCACCAUGCACAAACCAGAGUUAAUCUUUAUAGGUUGGUCACUACAUUUGCUAUAUCUGCUCAUCACAAAUUAACUGGUUUCUGAUAAAUGAUGAUGCAGUAAUCACUCUACAGCUACUAAUAUUUUUUACAUCUUUCACUCAAUUACAUGAUUCUAAACUUUACACUGCAGGUUUAGAAAAUUGGCGAAUAUCAAGCUUUGUGCCACGAAGCAUAUCUUUUAUCCUAUGUCAAACAAGGUUUAUCCCCUUGGUUCUCUACAUUACUCAAGAAAGGAAACAGUCUUUCCAUGGCUCGGCAUCUGAUAAUUCUUCAGUUGAACCGGUGCUCAGACCCGUUGCUUCCAACUCUGACAGCAUUGCUAAAGGCGAGUGCAUUAAUAAGGAGAGUACUGUUCAAGAGAAAGCAAUGCCAGAUGAGCUUCAACAGUCUGAAUAUAAGUCGAGUAUCAUAUUUACC